UUGGAAAAACCCCGACGAACUGCAACAAUUAUGUCGCGAACACACUUAGAACAACUAUGUAGCCUUAAAGUUGGUAGUGCCGCUACACCGUCGAUUACCCGUCGAACGGGUAUCAUCUGUACAAUUGGACCAGCCAGUCAAAGUCCAGAAAAAUUGGAAACUAUGAUUAAGAAGGGUAUGAAUGUUGCACGAAUGAAUUUUAGUCAUGGAACUCAUGAGUAUCAUGCAAACACAAUCAAAAAUUUACGACAAGCAAUCGACAAACUCGGUAAUCAGUAUAAUAUUGCAAUUGCGCUAGAUACUAAAGGACCGGAAAUCAGAACUGGUAUCUUAGCCGAGGGAAAAAAUAAAGUGGAGCUAAAAAAAAAUAGCGAAAUUACAGUUACCACAAAUCCAAAAUUUGAAAAAGCCUGUACAUCAAGUACAAUUUAUGUUGACUAUAAAAACAUUACUAAAGUGCUAUCAACAGGAUCCCGGAUAUUUCUUGAUGAUGGCCUAAUUUCUUUGCUUGUCAACGAAAUCACUAAUGAUAAAAUAAAAUGUUCUGUGGAAAACGGUGGAAUGCUUGGAAGUCGAAAAGGCGUUAAUUUACCAUCAACAAAUGUUGAUCUACCGGAUGUAACCGAAAAAGAUAUCAAGGAUCUAAAAUUUGGUGUAGAACAGGAUGUUGAUGUGGUUUUUGCAUCUUUUGCUCGUUCACAAAAAGGUAUCGAGCAGAUUCGAAAGAUUCUUGGUAAAAAAGGUGCUCAUAUAAGAAUUAUAGCGAAAAUUGAAAGUCAACAGGGUGUUGAAAAAGCAGAUGAAAUCAUUGAAGCAGCUGAUGGUAUUAUGGUUGCACGUGGUGAUUUGGGUAUCGAAAUACCACCAGAAAAGGUAUUUCUUGCACAAAAAAUGCUGAUUGCUAAAUGUAAUUUAGCUGGUAAACCGGUGAUCUGUGCAACACAAAUGCUCGACUCCAUGAUCCAAAAACCUCGUCCUACCAGAGCUGAAGCUAACGAUGUAGCCAAUGCCGUCCUGGAUGGUGCCGAUUGUGUUAUGCUAAGCGGUGAAACGGCAAACGGAGCAUAUCCAGUUGAAGCAAUAGAAAUGAUGGAUUCCAUCUGUAAAGAGGCCGAAUCAGCAAUGUUUUAUACAUCCUUCUUUGACGAAAUUUUGAUGUUAACACCAAAACCAACAAAUGAAUCAAACACUGUGGCCAUUGCUGCAACAUCUGCCGCACUACACCUUAAUGCUGCAGCAAUUAUGUGUGUCACAUCAACUGGGCGAACCGCUAUGUUACUGUCUCGGUAUCGACCUCCAGUAAUAAUACUUGCAAUCAGCCGUGAUAUACGUGUAGCCAGGCAAUUACAGCUGAGCAGAGGGAUUCUUUCAAUACAUUAUAAACCUGAACGUGCCAAAACCUGGGAAAUCGAUUUGGACAACCGUAUUGAUUACUGUGUAGAAGUAGGUAAACAUAAGGGAGUACUUUGUCCAGGAGAUGUAGUCAUUGCAGUGACAGGACCAACAAGAGGCGAAUGGCCAGGUAUUUAA